AUGUCGUAUCCAAAGUGUUUAGCUGCUUUAUUUCGGCGUAACGUCCACAGAGCACAUGGCCUCAGACCCGGUGUGGGGCCAGGGAGGUACCGAUCCACGGCCGCCUCCAGCGAGCGCGCGGAGAAGCAAGUGAUCUCGGAGCACCCGGAGAACCCCGCGGUGGUGGUGCAGACGGAGCCACUGGAGCUGAUCUCUCAGAGGAAAGCUCAAAACAAACAUCAGACUCGUGCGAUUCAGAUCGACUUUGAAAACACGGAGGAGGCGUACAGGAGCAAGAGCAACGUGGAGCUGCUCCGGAGUCUGCUGGUCUUCAAGCUCUGCACCAUAGACGUCCUGGUGGACAAGAACAAGGAGCUCAUAGACCUGAGUCGGAAGCUUCUGGGUCAGAGACUGUUCGAGCUCAUUAUGAAGAUGACGUUUUAUGGUCAGUUUGUAGCUGGUGAGGACCAUAACUCCAUCAAACCCCUGGUCCAUAAGAACAAAGCGUUCGGAGUCGGGGCAGUACUGGACUACAGUGUGGAGGAGGACCUGACGCAGGAGGAGGCCGAGAAGAAGGAGAUGGAAUCCUGUAUUUCUGAAGCAGAGAAAGAAAGUCCAGACGAUGGACUGCGAGAGAAGAAGUACAAAGCUCACCGUCAGUUUGGAGACAGACGCGGCGGCGUGAUCAGCGCUCGUACCUACUUCUACGCAGACGAGUCCAAGUGCGACAAACAGAUGGAGACUUUCAUCAACUGCAUCAAGGCCUCGGGAGGAGCUUCUGCGGACGGGUUCUCAGCCAUCAAAAUGACUGCUCUGGGACGGCCACAGUUCCUCCUGCAGUUUUCUGAGGUUCUGUUGAAGUGGAGGCGUUUCUUCAGCGUCCUGGCGGCUCAGCAGGGUCAGUCCCAGAUGAUGGUUCUGGACCAGAAACUGGAGCUGGAGGAGCUCAAGACCUGCUUGGCGGACAUGGGGGUCGGAGGGAAAGAUGAGAUCGAGAGUUGUUUCACCGGAGAGAGACUGGGCCUCUCGGGAACCAUUGAUCUUCUGGAUUGGAACAGUUUGAUUAAUGACACCACAAAGAUCUCCAACCUCCUGAUGGUGCCGAACCUGAAGACGGGGCAUCUGGAGCCUUUGCUGAAAAAGUUCACUGCUGAAGAGGAGCAGCAGAUGAAGAGAAUGCUGCAGAGAGUUGAUAUUUUAGCAAAGCAUGCUGUGGAGAACGGCGUGCGGCUCAUGGUGGAUGCAGAGCAGACGUACUUCCAGCCUGCGAUCAGCCGCCUCACCCUGGAGAUGCAGAGGAAGUUCAACACAGACAAACCCAUUAUCUUCAACACGUACCAGUGCUACCUGAAGGAAGCCUACGAUAACGUGACCAUGGACGUGGAGCUGUCUCGCAGAGAGGGCUGGUACUUCGGAGCCAAACUGGUGCGUGGAGCGUACAUGUACCAGGAGAGAGCCAGGGCCCACGAGAUCGGGUACGAAGACCCGAUCAACCCGGACUACGAGGCCACCAACAGGAUGUACCACAGGUGUCUGGAUUAUGUGCUGGAGGAGAUCGAGCAGAGCCGCAAAGCUAACGUCAUGGUCGCGACGCACAACGAGGACACCAUUAAAUUCACCUUAGAAAAGAUGAAUGAGAUGGCCCUUUCACCCAAUGAGAAUAAGGUUUACUUUGGACAACUGCUCGGCAUGUGUGACCAGAUCAGCUUCCCUCUAGGUCAGGCUGGAUUCCCGGUCUACAAGUAUGUCCCGUACGGUCCGGUCAACGAGGUCAUCCCGUACCUAUCCCGCCGCGCACAGGAGAACCGCGGCUUUGUCAAGGGCACACAGAGAGAGCGCCACCUGCUGUGGAGGGAGCUGAAGCGCAGGGUCCUGAGGGGGCAGCUCCUCUAUACACCUGUGCCCCGGUGCAUCAGCUCCAGAUUUCAGUUGUGCAGCCGUGAAGCCGCCUCACUCUCGGUGUUGUUCUGGUCCCUGAUGACUCUGUGCUUUUUAAACCUGCUCCGUGGAGGAUCACAGACCUGGGGACGUCAUCAGACACUAACUCACCGGUCUGUGUUUCCUGGACACUUUAAGGAUGUUCUGCUUCAAAGGGAGAAAGUGUUCUCUGCUCCUCAGGACCUGCCUCACUCCAGAGAUCUGAGGGAGCAGACGUGCAGCAGGUCCGGGCCUCAUAGAGACGUCGAGGCCUCGCUGGAGCAGAACAGCAGCUGUUCGCCAAAACUGAACGUGAUGUUCAUGAAGACGCACAAAACGGCGAGCAGCACGAUCCUCAACAUCCUCUUCAGGUUCGGGGAAAAGCACGGCCUCAGGUUUGCUUUCCCCGACGGACGCAACGACUUCUUCUACCCGUCUCCGUUCUCCUGCUCUCAGGUCAAAGGUUACAAACCUGGAGACUGCUUCAACAUCCUGUGCAACCACAUGCGCUUCGACAUCACAGAGGUGUCCAAACUUCUGCCUGCGGACGCUGCCUACAUCACCAUCCUGCGUGACCCCGUGAGCCUGUUCGAGUCCUCCUUCCACUACUACCAUCGAGCCGUGCCUCUGACCUGGAGGAUCUCACACCGCGACAAGCUCGCCCAGUUCCUGCACGACCCCCAAGCCUUCUACAGCAAAGACGCCUUCAACUCCUUCUACCUGAAGAACCUUCUGUUCUUUGAUUUUGGCUUCGACAACAAUCUCAGCGUGGAUGAUCCUAAAGUGACAGACGCCAUCUCGAGCCUGUCCAACAGCUUCCACCUGGUGCUUCUGGCCGAGCACUUCGAGGAGUCGCUGAUCCUCCUGAAGGAGCUGCUGUGCUGGACCAUGGACGAUGUUCUCUACUUCAAACUCAACGCUCGCCGCAGCUCUUCUGUGUCUGUUCUCUCUCCAGAAUUGAGGGAGAAGGCUCUGCAGUGGAACGCCUUGGACUGGAAGCUGUACCAGCAUUUCAACACCAGCUUCUGGCUAAGGGUGGAGGCCUACGGCAGGGAGAGGAUGGGGGCCGAGGUGGAGGAGCUGAGGAGGAGGAACGCAGAGAUGCGGGCUCGGUGUGUGGAGGGGGGAGGGGCGGUGGAGGCGGGACACAUCCAGGACAGACGCUUCUUGCCCUGGCAGCCCGUGGGAGAGGCCUCCAUCCUGGGGUACAACCUGAGGACGGACGUGGAGCCACGGGACCAGCAGCUGUGCCAGAGGAUGCUCACUCCUGAGAUCCAGUACAUGUCAGAGCUGGGGGUCAACCUGUGGCUCACCAGACUGUGGGGGUGGGUGAAGGACAUGGCUACAGGACAUGUUUAA